AUGCCGCAGGAAGAUGAUAUUUAUAGGUCUGAAUUCACAUCUUGCAAUUUAACAAUUCCGGAAAAAUUGCAAGAAACGCCUCGAGCUGGUAAGCUUCGUCUACUUACGUUCCGACUCAUGAACAAUAGUAAAGCUGUAAUUAUUUUAUAGGAUUUGGAAGAAGAGACAUAAUGUCGUCACAGGAAGUUAAACGUAGAAUUAAUUAUACUCCACAGAAUACCCCGGACAAGCAUUCAAAAACUCCUCAAGCUACCGAAUCUUUUAAAAAAGAUGCGAAAUCGCAAUUAGAAGCUACCAAACGAAAAAGUUUAUCACCUCAUAAGAAAACUCCCGAGAAAGUUCAAAAAGCUUGUUCGAGCGGAAAAUUUAUCAAUACUUUAAUAGCACAGUGGUCCAAGCACAUGGGUGUCCAAACACCAGUUCUUCAAUCGCCAGGAGUUCAAGAAAAUUCAAUCGUGGAAGAGAUGAAGCAAAUGUAUGCAAUUGAAGAGCGGAAGAUUCAAAAAUUACAAAAGAAACUACAAGUUGCUGAAGAAACUAUAUCUUUAGUCUCUGCUUCACACGAGGCCGAGCUCAGAACUAAGGAAGAAAUUUUACAACAAUUGAACAGCGAUUGGGAAUCGAUUACUAAAUAUUAUUAUGAAAUAUCAGAGAGUUUAAAGGGGUUUCAACAGCACAAAGAUAAUUUAUCAAAGUUAUAUAACGACGUCAUCCUUACACAACAAUCAGCAGUGAAGAAAUUGCAGCAGGAAUUAAGCACUAUGAAAUUGAAAUAGUACACGAAAUGAUGAUUGCCGAGACCGAAUUGAAAAAGCAAUUCCAAGAUAUGAAAAACAAGUCAAUUUUAGAAAAAAAUCACUUACAUAAUGUUCAUGCAGAAGAAAAAUUAGAAUUAAUAAAGAAACAAGAAAAUCUCACGUCGAUGAAUCAAGAACUCCAAGUGCAAUUACAAAAGAUUACGGAAGAGAAACAAGACUUAACUACUACAUUUGUUGAGAAAGAUGAUGAAAUUGCAAAAUUACAAGAGAAGAUCAUUACAUGCAAAAAUAAAAUCGAAGAUUUGUUGAGUCAAAAUACUGAAUUAAGUUCAAAAUAUGAAAGAUUGAUCAUCAAGGAAGAAGAACUAUCAAAGCAAUUACAAUCAAAAGAACAAAAAAUCGAGAAAUUACAAGAGAAUUUAAAUGCAAGACAACAAAUAGAAACUAGUUUAGCUCAAGAUCUUGAUAUUAUUGAUAACAAGUAUAAAAAUAUACGAAAUGAUUUUACAAACGUAGAAAAUAAAUUGAAGGAAGCACAAAUUCAAAAUUUAAAUCUUGAACAAUCUUUACAAAUAAUGAAACGCGACAACGAAUAUAAAAUAGUAGAAUUGAAUAAGAAAAUUGAAUUUUUAGAAGAAGAAAAAGAACGAGUAUACUUAGAGAAACAUUCAAAAAUACAGGAACUAGAACGCGCUUAUAAAUUAUUGGAAGAGAAACACAAAGCAUCUUUAAAACAAGAAUAUGAUAUUAAACUAAGAUUAAAUGAGGCUUUAAAUAAAAUAAAUGAAGAUAACCAAAAGAAACAAACAAAUUAUCUUGAUCAGCAUACAAAGGCAAGUCGUAACAAAAUACAGAAGAACUUGCAAAAAAGAAUGCAACCACUCGAAUUUAAUAUAACAGAAGCAGUUAAAGAAUUAGAAAGUCAAUCACAAAGAAGUCAGGUUUGUGAAAUGAAAGAAGAACAAUUUCAAGACCAAAAAAAUGUAGAUAAAUCAAAAAUUAUAUCCAAAGAUAAGAACGAAAUAUCGAAUCUGGAACAAGAUGUGUAUAGCUUUACUAACAUAAAAUUUAACGAUGAAUUGUCAAAUGUUUCUGAUUCUACAGAAAGUCAUUCUUAUCUUUUUCGUGAUAAGAAUAUAACACACUCGAAUACACAGAUAGAAGAAAAACAGAAGAAGGAAAAUAAGGAUAACAAUAAUUCGACCACGAGAAAAAGAAUAUUUAAAACUCGUGGGAUUGGAUUACGGCAAUACGUAACUCCAAAAAACCUCCAAUACGGAACUCCUGGAAAAAUAUCAAAAAAAUAA